AAAAGAUGGGAAGCGGACCUUCCAUAUGAUACCACUGGAGAAUUGUCAAGACUUUCUGCAUUUAUUGAAGAAAAUCUAGAUAUAGUUAAGUGGGCUGUCAUGACUGUGGUUAUUAUUCAGUCACUUUCGCUUUUAUUGGCGUUGGUUGUGAGGGUUAUGAUUCCAACAAGGAGAGAAUACUAUGAUAGUGAUGAAGAUUUUCUUGUGCUUAGAAGACCACUGCUCAAUCCACAGCCUAUCCUAACAUAUGCUCCACACUCUGUUGAGAACCCUGGUCAUCAACCAGACAUGUGGAGUUCACGAAUGCGGCAGAAGUAUGGGUUAAGUCAAAGCAGCUAGUUUUCAAGUGCUCUGGGCUCAAAUUUUACUGCAUGAUGAGUCUUUACACAACAGAUUGAUGGUGAAGGUGUGUAAAAUUAAUGUCCAUAUGUUUAUGCAUGUAAUGUUAUUCAUCCAUUUCUUUUCAUUAUGUGUUGAUUCUGUGUAUAGUUGUGGUGAAAUUUAGGCGCUUGGUAUUAUUUAUAGUGUUGAUAAUUUAACUGCGAUGCUAUAGCAUUGUAUAUUCCAGACUGAAAAUGUGGUGGCGUUUGUACUGUUGUUAAUUGCCUAUUGUAUUAUUAUACUUUCAAUGCAUUGUAUAACUGAAAAAUAUUUAA